ACCGCAGGCUUCGUCGGAAGCGGCACAUUCGUCAGUGUGCUGUACGUCGUGUCCUGACCGGUGACUUUCUGAAGUGUUGAGACACAUUUAAAUCUCCAGGGUAAGCCAUGCCGUCAGUGCCCUCAACUAAAGAAACACCCAUUAAGGGCCCCAUGUGCCCCCACGCUGCCAAGAUGCUCAAUCACACCAAUGGAGAGGCCAAACUUCGGGAGGGCUCAUUUCCAGUGCAUGGAGUUGAAAAAAUGACCGUUGUAAUGGACCCAGCGGAGUCGAGCAGAACCAUUCAGAUAGACAGAAAGAGCACUUCUCCUGAGAGGAAAUGGAUCCGGCCUGACCUUCCCAGCCGUUGCAAAUGGAGCCUGGGAGACUCAAAAGCUGACUCCCCACAUGCACAUGUUCAAAGGACUGUCCCUCAGACCAUCCUUCCAAAUAUCUUGCACCGGAUUGGUGAGACUCCCAUGGUACGCAUCAACAAGAUCCCCAAAGCCUUUGGACUCAAAUGCGAAAUAUUGGCCAAGUGCGAGUUCUUCAACGCAGGAGGUAGUGUCAAGGACAGGAUCAGCCUGCGGAUGGUGGAGGAUGCGGAGAGAGCUGGAAUUCUCAAACCUGGAGACACUAUUAUAGAGCCCACAUCUGGAAAUACCGGUAUUGGACUGGCUCUGGCUGCAGCUGUGAAAGGCUACCGUUGCAUCAUAGUAAUGCCUGAGAAAAUGAGCAUGGAGAAGGUGGAUGUCCUGAGAGCUCUCGGUGCAGAGAUUGUCCGUACACCCACUAGUGCUCGUUUCGAUUCCCCAGAGUCUCAUGUGGGCGUGGCUUGGCGCCUCAAAAACGAGAUCCCCAACUCUCACAUCCUGGACCAGUACCGCAACCCGAGCAAUCCUCUUGCUCACUAUGACACCACAGCCGAGGAAAUUCUGGAGCAGUGCGAAGGUAAAGUGGACAUGCUGGUGGCCGGUGCAGGGACAGGGGGGACGAUCACAGGAAUUGCCCGCAAACUGAAGGAAAGAUGCCCAAACAUUAAAAUUGUUGGUGUUGAUCCUGAAGGCUCCAUCCUGGCUGAGCCUGAUGAGCUGAACAAAACCGAUAAAACUCAGUAUGAGGUGGAGGGAAUUGGAUAUGACUUCAUCCCGACGGUCCUCGACAGAUCAGUUAUUGAUACCUGGUACAAGUCCAACGAUGAGGAAUCCUUCAACAUGUCUCGAAUGCUUAUCAGAGAUGAAGGCCUGCUCUGCGGAGGCAGCUCCGGGACGGCCAUGGCAGCAGCUGUGAAUGUCGCCAGAGAGCUGAAGGAAGGCCAGCGCUGUGUGGUCAUCCUGCCAGACUCCAUCCGAAACUAUAUGUCUAAAUUCUUGAGUGACAAGUGGAUGGUCCAGAAAGGCUUCCUGAGGGAGGAAGACAUAAUGGUGAAGAAGCCAUGGUGGUGGAACUUGAAGCUGCAGGGCUUGAACAUGUCAGCCCCUCUCACUGUCCUUCCCACCGUCACCUGUCAGAAGACCAUCAAAAUCCUCAAGGAGAAGGGAUUUGACCAAGCACCUGUAGUGGAUGAGGCAGGGUUGAUCCUGGGCAUGGUGACUUUGGGGAACAUGUUAUCAUCAAUUCUUGCAGGAAAGAUCAGGCUCUCUGACCCAGUCAGCAAAGUGCUCUACAAGCAGUUCAAACAGAUCCGUCUGACUGAUAACUUGGGAAAGUUAUCCCGCAUUCUGGAAACCGACCACUUUGCCCUGGUGGUGCAUGAACAGAUCCAAUACCUGACAGAUGGCUCUCCUGUACUGAAGCAGAUGGUUUUUGGCGUGGUGACGGCCGUCGACCUGCUCAACUUCGUCACAGGCCGGGAAAAGAGAGAGCGCUCCAUAUCAGAGUCCACUGACGAGAUGUGAUUGGCUAAAUGAAGCAAAGCAUAGACUCAAACAUUUCUCACUCUACAAUAAACGGUGACUGACUUAGUAAACAAGUCUUAAUGACAGGGGGUUGAGGUGAUCUUUGGGUUUAGGUUGAUUGUUAUUUUCGGUUUUUCUUAUUUUUUGUGUUUUGAACCCAAGUCUGAUGAUUUAAUUAGGAAAGUGCAUAAUGAAAUUUUGUCAGCUUGUAGGUUUGCAUACUGUUUACAUCUAGCAGUGAUUGUCUGUAUUUGUAAAGUUUACAGCAAAUCUUUUGUAAGAUUGUAAUUUGUGGACAGCUUUAUGUUUUUAUAAGGCUUUUCUGUCACUCUCGGUUUAAAAUAAAACUUGAUUGUAUCUCUACUACCUUGUGCAUCAAUCAUGAGUAAUAAGACAGGAUAGUACAAAUGCCACAUUGAUCGUAAUUAUAAAAAGAAAAUCAGUGCUGCUGUAUAUAGUCACAUGUUGUGUUGUUUACUGUUUGCAGGGUUUUUUUUUUUCUUCUUUUUUGGAAUUAUCCACUGUUUUUACCUGCUCCUGUUUCAGCACAUGCCUGCAAUGUAACUAUGAAGAGGUUUUGAAUAUUUAAUCUUAGCUUUGCCUAGGAUAAAACAUUUUUUAUUGCAAUGUUUGCUCUUUAAGGAAUGUAAAUGACUAAAUAAAGUUUAAAGAAUGCUGCAAAUCUUA